GGGCCCUCCAAGUGCUGGAGUGCGGUGUGCUGUGACCAUCCCCUGCCGUGUGCUGUGACGGGGCCGAGGCUGUGAGAGGGGCCUGAGGCAGCCGUUCUAACCGCCCUUGGGUUGGACCCGGUGGCUCAGGGUGACUCAGAAAGCAGGAUGGGGAACACAGGAACCAGCGAGCGUUGGCCAGCUGGGCUGCACAGGGCAGGAUUUGGGCCUCUGGGACAGGUAGAGGAAAAACCCCUCAUCCCUCCCAGCCGGCAAAGUGCAUUAUGGGAGAGGCAAUCAUCAAGGCUUGGUGCCGGCUAGCAGCCCUGGUGGCAGGUUAGGCUGGUUCCAGGCAGCAGCUCCUGGUGUUGAUAAAGCUAAACAAGCAGGAGUCAUUACGCGUGACCAGCUAGUAGAGAAGGGCAUCCAACAGCGCCUGCGACUUUAUCUCAAUGGCUACAGGAAAAGCAGACAGCCCAGCGUCUAACCCAUAAACCACUUGUUAACCCCCAGUUUCCCUUGGGCCUACAGGCAGGAGUUCAGGGUUCUUCACUUGCAGAAACACAUCUUGCAUUCUACUCAGCAUUGCCCAGACAGCAGGUGCAGGCUGGCACGCCAGCACAUCCACUCACUUAGGGCGCUCAUCAGAGAGUGCUGGGGUCGGGGAAGUGUGUCUGGCUCGACAGCCUGGCUCCCCCACACCUAGGCCCAGAGGGGCCACCCCCAGAAAUGAGUGGAGAGGCUCCCACCUGCUCUAGCUCAGGUGCCAACGAAGGGAUGGGUCGUGCCAUCCUUGCUCACACCGGGGGGAACCGCUCAGUGAGUACAUCCGUGAGGCUCAGUACGACAGCGGGAGGCCAAGGUGCACUUGUGCAGCACGAUCUGUCUGUGCCUAUGCACACCCUGCUGCGCUAGGGCCCAAGCGGCCACACUAGGUGUGCACUCACUACGGACACACCCAGACCGGCUUCGGUCCUUCCAGGCAGCCACGGUAGCCCUACAGCGGGAAGAAGGCUUUGUGAGGUAAAACCUCCCCAGAGGCAAGCCGCAAGCCAUCCCAGAGCUCAGUCUUUGCUAAGCUGCUUCUUGACUGCGGUUCCCCAAGGGCUGCAGAGACAGGAUGCAUGGAAGGCAAGGCUGGCUGGCAUGUCCUGGAGAACCAGAGCAGGGCCACGUAGGAGCCACCCGCAGUUCAAGGCACGUUAGCAUGAGAGGACAGCCCCAAGCGGGAGGAACAUGCAGUCUGGCUGACACCUUUGUCCAAGAGCAGAGGCAAGCGAGCGGCUGCUUUCAGCCCUGCAGAGACGCUCGCUCUCACGUCAGCCUGGGCUCGUUGUAGAAACCAGAUGCGGAGUAAACAGUGGGUAAACAGUAAAAGUGGGUAAACAGACUGGGCAGGGAGGCCAGGGGAAGUAUCAAGGUCAACCCGUAUUUAAGACCUUUGCAGACGUGGUGGGUGUUCCUCAGCAUCGACUCGGGAUUUUCUCGUUAGCAUGGGAGGCGCAAUAGCUCAGGUACAAUGGUGAUGCGAUGGGGACAGCGCCAGACCCUAAGAGACCCGGCCACAGCGCGGGUCCCUCUGGAGGAGUCCAACUAGUAGCAUGAGCAGCAGCAAUCUGGCUCCUGGCGAGAGGCAAGAACCCUCCCCCCAACGGCAUGAACAUCCGCCUUCGCUGGACAGAGCCCUGGGGGGCUGGGCCCCUCCCUCCACUGCAGCGACAUUCCCACCGGAGUGUGGUGAGGGUUUGCACCCCACAGCAUCUGUAUCGACUCCCACCACGGGGCUCCCCCCACCCUGGCACGGCGUGCGUUGCCUUGCUCCGUCUGGAUUCUCUGAAGACGGAGGCUGGGCGGAGAUUUCUGAAGCCGACCAGACAAUUGAUCAGUGUCCCACGCACGGCCCCCAUCCAGGUUAGUGGGGGUUAGUGCAGCUAGUGGGCUUUGAAAAAUCUCAGCCCUGACUGAUGCAGCAAGAAGCUUUUUAUUAAUCGAAGGGGCUCCGGGGUAGAUAACCGGGACCACGGCUCAGCCCCCGCACUGCUGUAGGAGCUGCCGGAGCAUGCUGGGUAAGGGACUAGUGACCUGGCAACAGCCAUGCCAGCUGGACUCGGGAAUAGAGGGAGCUCACAGCCGGGGCAGUAGCCAGAACGGUCUGCUAGCCUUUCCUGGCAGGACUCGGCCUGGUUGUGCCCGUGGUCCUAAUGGGGAGCCAUCCUUCCUCAGAUUCCUGCUCAAAUGGAUCUCAGCAGUUCUGAUGUCAGCUCCAUUUGGCUGGAGCCACCUACCCCUGGCAGGGCUCUUACAGCUGUGUAAAUGGUCAGUUGUGAAGGAUUCAUUCUAAAGAAAUCCGUAAGCCCCCAUUAAAACCUACCAUAAAACCCUGCCACUGCGCAAUCCCUCCAGCCAGGUCAUCUCAGCGCUGUUAGAAAGUGACCCUAAGAGUCAGCGAUUUGGGGGUGCAAGGCAUUAUUGGAGCUCUCAGCUUGAAAAGUCUCUUUUUCUCCAGUUGGUUUCUGGGCUUGGAUUUUCGUUUAGACACAGUUUGUUAAGGCCGAAGCCCAGUCCCCAGUGUUUUCCUUCUGGACGUGCAAUACGUGCCUUGUUCACACGGAGGACUUGGCUUCCCUUCAGAAACGUUUGACCCGUUAAGAUUUGUGUGUGUGCUGUGGAGAGUUCUGCAUGAAUUGAAGCAUUCUGCAUGAGGCUGAGCUCUUUGCAGUGCUCUGGUCAGCUCUGAGAUGCAUUUAAACUGCAGUAUUUAGCACAUGCGGGGCUAUCGAAUAUGAGCUACGCCUGUCACCGGAGCUGAAAGCUGAUCACGUAUCAGCCAUUAACAGCUGGUAGAGGUACCCACUCCAUCCAAACCAACGAUCGUCCAAGCUGGGCAGCGGGACAGAGCUGCCAUUUUCUACUUUAAAAUGAGGACCAAGGGGAGGUUUAUGAACAAAGCCAAACCCCUCAACUCUCCCAUUUCAUAUGGAGAAGAUACUGCAGGUUUAAAUGUCUUACAUGGUCAUUCAGUGGUGUAAUGAGUGAGCGGUUCCUGGAAGCAUCUGCUGCUGUAUCCUUUGAUCAGGGACUAGCAACAACAUAUUCUUAGCAAAGUUCUCUCUCCAGCAGAGCGUGCGCGAUGCAAACAGUAAGGCUCUCUCCUCCAGCCUCAUUGCCUCACUCCAUUUGCUUUGUAUCGUCUGCCUUUGUCUACACUCCCCUGCCCUCUCCUUGCGCUCAGUAUUUCCAGCCUGCCCAUCGCCAUUACACCACUAAGGACAUGUAAAGUCUAGAGCGUGUGCAGAGAAAGGACAAUGUGGAGCUCUGUCCUGAGGGAGAUGUUUUUUCCCCCCCUGCCUUAGCUUGGGACCGGGAGUUACUACAAUCACGAAGGCUGGAGGUAUUCCCAUGCACACAAUGGCAUUCUGGGACCCUUCGGCCAACUGAUGACAGAGGAGGACAUAAUCCGCAUUGAGAAGCAAAUCGAGAGCCUCCAAGUGACGCACAAAGUUCAGAAGGUGGAGACGGAGCUGGAACAGCUGGAGCACGAAAUGCAGCAGCUCCUACCGCUCUCUGCUGCCUUGGCAAAGGAGCAUUUCACGGCAAACCCCAAGCGCAUGCAAGGCCGAGCCGAUGACCUCCCGGCCUGGUGCAGCAAGAUCUCCACUCUCCUAAAGAGCAUGGCCAUUCUCCUGGCUAUGCUUGGGGGCAAGGCAGUCAACCUGGCAGACAUGGUGAGCCCCGACACAUCCGAGCACACGAGACAGGCCGCGAGCACCUCGCCCGAGGCAGCACCGCUAAAAGAGGGCUCUGCUAACAUCGGGAGAUCGCAGUCCUUCAGCUGCACUCGGGAGGAGGUGGAGAAGGAGAUCAUGCAAUAUGGUGUGUCGGUGAAGAACCUGAAGGCCAACUAUGAGUUGCACACGCAGUGCCAGCUGCUGGAGGCUGUGUCCAGCAGGGUGUACAAGCGGAAGAGGUCCCUGCCUGUGGGAACCAUGCCAUACAGCUACGGCCGAGAGCCCAUCCUGGAGGAGGAUUAUGUAACGAGCAGCGAUCUGUUCAGUGCACGAAGCGAAGAUGCUGCAGCGGAUGGCAUAGAGCCACCCAGUACGCUAGAGCAGGCUCCCUUGCCCUACUGCGAAGCUGGGCCCCGGCCCUCCAGAGACACAGAGACACAGAGUGCAGCCACGGAGCCUUUCGGGGAGGCCCUGUUUAGCGCCGACCACCUGACCAGAAGCCUCCCCGUGCAGACGGAGCUGAGCUGCGUGCAGGAUUAUAUCGACAUGCGGAAGGAGCGGAUCGUCUACCUCUUCCUGGAGCACUGGAAGAAGUGGACGUUCACCGAGUCGGUUAGCCACGCUCUCCCCAAGAGGCAAAUGGGGCUCGCCGAAACGCUCGACUCAGAGGUCAGCGCCCCGCUCCCCAUGGCGACCGGGAAGAAACCCAGCGAGGAUGACCGGCUCUUGUACUUCAUGAAGCAAAGGCAGGUGGUGGGGAAGCUGAUCGCCCACUGGAGAAGCAUCAUCAGCCAGGUCCCGACGCGGCAGCUCCGCCGCCUGAGCCGUGCUAGCAUGCUGUACUGGCCCGAGCACUUCCUGCCGCACGUCUGUGGCUCCCCAGUGGCAUACGGCAGCCUGACGCUGGACCUCUUCAUGCUGGGCUACUUCCAGCUCCUGGAGAUGAGCAUGAGCCGCGAGGAGAGGAAGUUCCGGCACCUUCUGUGCUACGAGAUGUUUGACCGGCUGGGCAGCCACAGCUGGGAGCUCAUCCGCCAGUUCCACAAGGUGGUGAUGGAGGAGAUCGAGGCCGGGAAGCGGGACUGGCCGGAUGGCUUCGAAGAUCUCAAACAGGAGUUCUUUGGGGACAGCCUGGAGCCGGAGCCAGCGGCCGCAGCGGAACUAGAGCUCCCAGCAGGAACCCAGCCUCCACUGCUGCUCCAUCAGGAAUCCUCCCAGAGCUUAGUCAGUGAUGCCCCACAGCCCGCUCCAGCGCCCGAUGAACUGGGCCUUGCCCCUGCCCCUCAGAGCAGGGAGAGCUCCAUCCAGCUAGUCUCCGAGCUAGGGGAGUUCAGCAACGAGGACAUUUGUCGCUACAUAGACCGUAGCUUCUCCUUCUGGAAAGAGAAGGAGGCGGAGAUGUUUGAUAUCUGAGCGCCCCCCAAGCAGUGCCCAGCGCACACUGUCUCAGAAGCAGGCAGGGGCCUCCGUGCCCUUGCCCCACAUGGCUCACAAGUCGCAGGUAAAGGCGAUCGCAUCCUCUUUGAGGUGGGAUGUUGGUCCAUCCCAUAGAGGGAAUUGCUGGCUGAGAAGCAGCUCCAGUAACAGCAGGGGACAAUCAAACGUGCGCCGGCCCGAGAGGACUUGACAAGGGCUGUUUGGCUCAGUUAAUUAGUUGAGGGACCCAUUGUAUUUCCAAGAUGAACUGAGCCCAAGCUGUCUGAGCCCAAGACAAACUUUGGGGAGAGGCCUGUAAUCAUUUUAUGUGAUGCCUAGGUGAAGAGCUAUAAAACAGAACAAAGAAACACAUAUUCCCCGGCUGAACCCAGUACAGGAUUCUACUGGGCAGACUAGGGACUCUGAAUAGAAACAAUUUAGUAUUCAUGUAAGUAGCGUCAGAGGGGCCCCAAUCCUGCAGUUGUUACUCAGGCAGAACUCCCAUGGGCUUCAGCAACUUGUGACCUCAAUGGCAGUUUGGUUUGCAUAAGAACUGCAGGAUUAGUCCCAGAGUCUGCAUUGUUUUGUUGAAUCCUGAAUUCCCUACAUGGACAGUCUCAGAGUCCUUCUUUCUCAAGAAAAGCUUCUUGCGUAGCCAGUGCUCCCUGCUGGCUGAACUGACCAAGGUGCGGCUGUAACCAUGUGUCACGUGAUGUUGUGGCUGUUUGCCGUUUUCCGUAGGAGGUGGUCCAUGGAUUUUCCUCUCGAGCAGCGUGUACAUUUGCUGUAGUUCUGAAUUAGCUGGAGGAAGAGCUAAUCCCUGACAAAUGUACUAUGACACGAGCUGUCUCCAGUUUUCUGCGUUUUACAGACACUUCUUUAGCUAAUGUUUCCUGUAGCUGGGAAGUGAGUGAUUUGGGAGUAGGAGCUGGUAUGAGCAUCCCCAUCCUUCCUCUGGCGAGGCGGAGGACCGCACCAGAGUUGCCCUGGCUCCAUACUGAGCACAGGCUGAAUGCUGUACUAAUUGGUCUCACGGUGCAUGGUUCUGCAACCAGAUUAGCAAUUCCGUAGCAUGUUAAAGCCGUGUGGAGAAUUCCCUUUGACGCUGUGUGCUUUCAAACUGAAGACCACUUGGACCAUGUUCUUCUUUGAGGAUUCCCAAGAGUCCCAAGCUUGCCCUAGUGGAAUGUGCAUGGCUUGGAAUGGAAAUAGGACCAGAGUGUUUAUUGUAUAGACAUUUGGAAAUGAGGUUUGCUUUAAAUGGGGGGAGGGUGUGUCUGUGCGCGCUUUGCAUCUUCCCUGACACUGCUUGUGACAAUGAAGGAAUAAAGCUCUCUGCUCUCGGAAGGGAGUGUCGAGGCUGUUUCAGUGGGAUUUGGGACCCUCGACACCUUGCUCUGGGGCACUGGCUGUACCAAGCCAAGUGUCCUGCAAACACCCAAGGAAUAGGGCCAGAUGUAUAUUUGUCCUGGUGAAUGUGGCCUGAAGCCCAGUGCCCAGCGACUAGCCUGGUUCCUGCAGCAUCAAAACAGCCAACUUUAAAGAAAGGAAAAGAUGGGGGGUGCGGGGAAGGGUGGCAUAUAAAAAUCCUUCACUGUAGCUGUGCCAGCAGCAGGAAAGCCCUGAAGGACGGCGCUCGAGCAGCAGGUUGGCUUGGCGCCGAGAGCAUGGCUUGGUCCUGCUAAUGGGAGAUUGUGCGGGCAGCCCCGUGUCUGACAAACCUACUUCUGCUAACACUGGGCUGUUGGAGCCCCCGGCCCAGGGAGUAGCCCUGAGGGUUCAAGCUUCCAUGGGCCAGUAAUCAGGCUAGACAGCAGGGAUGAGUGAUCCAAGCAUGGUGUGUGGGGAAACUUCCAUCUGGCAUGGCCCUGUGGGCCCGAUCCUGCUGCCAGUGGUUUCAGUGGUGGCAGGGUCGGGCCCUGUCUCAUGGAGACACACGGAUGAAAUCAGGACCAGCCUGAAUGCUGCCCCAGCUCUGAGCACGUAGGGCAGGAUGUAGUUGACUCUAACUCCAUCCCAGUCACAUUUCAGGGCCUGGUCUGUUGCCAAGCCUGGUUCCAAAACCCGCUGGGACACGAGAGGGGCUGUUCUCCCAGCAUCCCCAGCACAAGCCAGGAAUUAUGCAAGAGCUCGCUCCCGUGGGACGCACCAGCCAAGAGAGGCUGGCAGACUCUCCAGGGCUGUGAGCGUCGCUCUUCGCAACCAAAGCAGGAGUUAGACGGCAGCAGAGCCAUGCCACGGAGCGUCCCGCCAGGUCACGCCCCCAGCGCUGCCGGGGAGGCUGGGGGCUGGUGCAGGCGAGAGCUCGCUGACUCUUCUCCCGCUGAUGCACAUAAAAGCGGAGGCAGGCGAUGGUGAGAACCGGCUCCUCGGAAACCAUCAGGCGACCUGGGAAGGGGGGAGUUAGGGGAAGGGUUGCUCACUCCACAGGUGCUGCCUCCGCUGCGUGGCACUGUUGAUUAGUCAGGACAUGUGCCGAACCCUGGACUUCCCGCGGGGCUUUAGUCCUGCCCAGCCCUUCGACGCCAAGAGCUCGGCUGUUGCCUGCGUUGCGGUCAGAGUGCCCCAGAGAAGAAGCCAUCUGUCUGUAGCCAAAGGCGCCCGGUCCCACAUCAGGCCGGGUUCAUUCUUUCAGUCUGAGGGGAGUGGUUGGGUUGGGGGAGCAGCGAUCGGCUGUAGGGACAUGGGGCUGAGCCCCGAGAGCCGUGUCUGACAGCAGCCAGUGCCACGUGCCCCAGGGGAAGGCAUAAGAGGCCUGCAGCAGUAGAUCUGGGGGAAUCUGCGCCCCCACACUGGGUCCCAUCUUGGUCGCCCAUCGUUAGCACUUGGCUGAAGACUGAGGCGUAAGGGCCAGGAUCCCAUCCUGUGGAGUUACUCUGCAAUCACACUGCUGGGACGGAGAGCAGGCCUGGCCCUGCCCGUUCAAAUCUAUCUCUGGAAGUAAAGGCUGAGAGACGGUUCUGUUGGCUAACUCUUUGGUGGCCCGGGGGAGGCUGGUGCUUUUAGUCCCAUUCCCUCAUCAAACACUAAAAUAACAUCCCCUGGGCUAGCACUAACGGGCAAAGCCACCAACUGCCCAGAGGGAGGAUGCUGAACUAACCUCUCCCAUCCCAAAGGGGCUCUCCAAGGCAGGGUGAGGCAGAGUUCUGGGGACAGCACGGGAACCUUGCACUGGCUACUGCCUAGGCUGGACCAGUUUGGUCCUGAGUGCGUGUGAGCUCCCCUGCCAAGCAGUGUUGAGAUCAGCCAUCAGCCGGCUUGCAGCAAGCCUCCACCACUCUUCCUCUGGCUCGAGUUCACUGAGUCACACAACCCAUCCCCUGCCGUGGUCUGCCGUGAGAGAUGUCCCCAGCUGUGCCUGAGAACUGUCCUAGCAAGCUGGACGGAGGGGCUGCGGACACACCCACCCAUGCACACACAGCUCGUGCAGCAAUGGACAGCGCACUGGGAACGCUGGAGGGAUUAUUUGCGAAAAGGCCCAUGUGGCGUUCCCAGCCAGCAGAGGAGUCCGGUGUGUAGCCAGUCAGAAGCAGGGCAUGCGUCUGCCCCUCCAUGCGGUGCCAUUUCUACUUUGCUCUUAGGCAGGCCCUAGGCAGGAUGGUGCCCGUACAAACAACCCUCCAGCUCCUUCGAGGCAGCAACCUCUGCUGGCCGCAGAUCCCAUGUCCCGCUCAGCACGAUGUCUCCUGGGAAUUUCAGCCCUUCAGCACAAGUGGAGCAUUGAGCUCCUGGCCCCUUGCCUAACCGCUCUGCUAAGCUCUGGCCAGCCCCGGGUACCAGGAGCUAUCCAAGUGUCCCUCCUCUCCAGGCCAAGCCGCUCAGCUGAGGAGAUUUCUGCUGACUUUUGGCCAGGUGGGGGUGCGUGUGUUAGUGGGGCCUGGCCCUCCCAGAGCUGUCUGACUCUAGCCACAGCUAUUCCCUUGGCACCUCUGCCUUUGCCCACAGCCUCUUUGGGUCAAAACUCCUCCAGAUGCUUCAUCGCCACCUGAGAGCCAUGGAAUUCCCUCUCCCCCUUUGGCAGCCCUGCCCAAUCGACCUGCCAUCUCCCCUCAUCGCUGCUUGGGCUGGUCCAGCUCCAUAGGGCCGGCCUAGGCGAGACGUGCCCUCCAGCCUAGUCCAACCGGUCAGCUCUCCUGUCCCUUCUGCCCUCUCUCCAGCUCUACAGGUGCUCGCUGGCCUCCUUAAUGCCUUUUACUGUCUUACAGGAGAAGGAAGAAGAAGCUCGCUUGGCCACCAUGCCAGCCUGGAGGCGAGAGAUCCUGCGGAAGAAGAUGGAAGAGGAAAG